GGGGGGCGGGGAUGUGAGCAUGGGUGACCUUGUGAAGGUACUAGCCCACUGGGGACACGAUUAGCAAACCUGAGACCUCUGCAAAUAUCUGGCUUCCUCCGGCAUUCCUCCCGAGGCUUCUGGCUGUCUCGUGCCUACCUCACCCAGUACCCUUUAGGCUCGCUCCGCCACACAAAGCCCGAUCCGCCUAUCUCCUCUUCGCAAACCCCGAGAACUUCAUUCCGCACGUUGAAACUCGUCGGUGGCGGUGGCGGGUAGGACUGGGCAUGCUCAGUGGCGGGGACAGGUCUGGGAGGCGAGGAAGCCGCAUUUGAAGUGGCUCGGCCUUGGGAUGAGGGGGAGGCGGGCUCCCGGGACGGGGUCCGCGGAGGUUCCCGCAGCGGCGCGCGAUGCCGACACGCUGCGGGCGGGAGCAGCAAGCCCGGCGCGCGGGGCCCAGCUUGCCGAAGACGUGGGGACGCCGACCGGAGGAGGGGAGGAGCACCGGGCCCGCCAGCCCCCAGCCGCGGCGCCGCGGCUGCGGGAGAGCAAGCCCAAGGGUGGAUCGGAAGACCGGAGGACAGCCGAUCGUGACCUCCAGCGAGGCUGCCUGAGCCGGAGCCCGCGCACCGCCCCGCCGGUCCCGGGCAUGGGCGACCGCGGCGCGCCGCACGAGCGCGCGGCCCUGCAGUCCCCGGGGGCCCCUGAGGGCGCCGCGGCCGCCGUGAACGGGUUGCUGCACAACGGUUUCCACCCACCGGCCGCCUGCAGCCGCGACCCGCCGCCCCCACGCUUCCAGCUCCCGUCCGAGCUGCAGCCGCAGCUGCAGCCGCAACCGCAGCCACUGUUCGCCCAGCAUGAUUCCCCGGCCAAGAAAUGCCGGCUGCGGAGGAGGAUGGACUCCGGGAGGAAGAACAGGCCGCCAUUCCCCUGGUUUGGCAUGGAUAUUGGUGGAACCCUGGUUAAGUUGGUUUACUUUGAACCGAAGGACAUCACGGCAGAAGAAGAACAGGAAGAAGUGGAGAACCUGAAGAGCAUCCGGAAGUAUUUGACUUCUAACACUGCCUAUGGCAAAACUGGGAUCCGAGACGUCCAUCUGGAACUGAAAAACCUGACCAUGUGUGGGCGCAAAGGGAACCUGCACUUCAUCCGCUUCCCCACCUGCGCCAUGCACAUGUUCAUCCAGAUGGGCAGCGAGAAGAACUUCUCCAGCCUCCACACCACCCUCUGUGCCACGGGAGGCGGGGCUUUCAAGUUUGAGGAGGACUUCAGAAUGAUUGCGGACCUGCAGCUGCAUAAACUGGACGAACUGGACUGUUUGAUUCAGGGUCUGCUUUAUGUCGACUCGGUUGGCUUCAACGGCAAGCCGGAAUGUUACUACUUCGAAAACCCCACAAAUCCCGAGUUGUGUCAAAAAAAGCCAUACUGUUUGGAUAACCCGUACCCUAUGUUGCUGGUUAACAUGGGCUCAGGUGUCAGCAUCCUGGCAGUGUACUCCAAGGACAACUACAAACGAGUGACGGGGACCAGUCUUGGAGGUGGGACAUUCCUAGGCCUAUGUUGCUUGCUGACUGGUUGUGAGACCUUUGAAGAAGCUCUGGACAUGGCCGCUAAAGGCGACAGCACCAAUGUCGAUAAGCUGGUGAAGGACAUUUACGGAGGAGACUAUGAACGAUUUGGCCUUCAAGGAUCUGCCGUAGCAUCAAGCUUUGGCAACAUGAUGAGCAAAGAAAAGAGAGAGUCCAUCAGCAAAGAAGACCUCGCCCGGGCCACCCUGGUCACCAUCACCAACAACAUUGGCUCCAUUGCUCGGAUGUGUGCACUGAAUGAGAAUAUCGACAGAGUUGUAUUUGUUGGGAACUUUCUCAGAAUCAAUAUGGUCUCAAUGAAACUGUUAGCAUAUGCCAUGGACUUUUGGUCUAAAGGACAGCUGAAAGCACUGUUUCUGGAACAUGAGGGUUAUUUUGGAGCUGUUGGGGCCUUGUUAGAACUGUUCAAAAUGACUGACACACAGUAGAGGAGCAGCCCCUGGUGAGGACAGAGGACUGCCUGGUAAUGCCAGAGAAGGUGAUCUCGGUGGGGCCGGAACCAAGCCGCUGCGGUGGAUGAGCCUGCUGUAUUUGUAAAUAACUUAAAAUCCUAGACCUUUUGCUCUUAGGUUUCAAACUUAUGAUACAAAAUGGGGAAUAUAAGGAUUUUUUUCUGUAUACUGUAUUUUUAAAAAAAAAAAAAAAAAGAAAGAAAGAAAUUGUGCAGCGUGGCCAAACCUUACCAAUUUCAUGCAUUAACUUUAAAAAGUUAUAUGACGUUCAAGAGAGGCCUGAAAAUGAAAGCGCUGUCCAUUUUUCUUCUGGGGUUUACUGAUCAGUGUGGUAAUUUUAACUUCCUUUAGUAAUUACUCUAGGAGAUUUUGCCUUUACUUAUAUUUUUUCAUGACGUUUCAUGAUUUGCUGUUGGUUUCAAAUGAAACUACGAAUCUGGCAUGUUGCACUGUGAACACCUUGGUCUCGCUGUCCUUUUUAGAUCCUUUCUGUUGCAAUGUCUUAGGACAAAAAAAGAAAAAAGGAUCCCCCCCUCCCUUCGUUUUUGUCCCUUGUGAUUUCUCUCUUCUCUGUCUAUGCCUUCCUCAUUGUAAUUGCUCGUGUCCAUCCAGGUGCUGACCAACUCAACACAAAGUUCACAUAUCUGCACUUCUAAACAUUUGUGUGACCAUGUGAGAGGACUUUAAAGGAAGGGGUUAAUGAAAGUGGCAAACACUGAGCAUUAUAUGCAAUUUUAUCUUUGUCUUCUUACCCCCUCUCAUCACUGUCAUAUCCCACUGGAUUUACUUUACACUACGCUGUAACAGCCUGCGAUGACAAGUCCUUAUUUGCAUAUGCGGUAUGAAGGGCAGCAAACCCCUGUGUAAAUUUGGAGGGGCUCCCAUAGCUGAUCUGAUCACACCCGACUUAGUGCAAAAGUCCUGGGUUGAGAUGUCAGUUAGAAAUAAUGGUCUGUUUUAUACAUGUUUAUACCUAAGAAGGGUAUAACAAAGCAUCCUAAGUAAUAAGGUUGAAGAUUGUGUUUGUUUGUUUUUUUAAUGUCUGUUUUAGUAUUUAAACUGAGAUCGGUACUUUAUUUCACUUCUAAAACUUAAAUAUAAUUUAUGAUACACUCACACAUAUGGACAUUUCAUUCUGAGAGGUUUUUGUUAAGUUGGAUGGGUCACUUUCAAAUGAGGAUGUUGUUGUAUACACGCUGUAACAGGAGAUCUACUGAUCUUUUGGAUUGAGGAUGCCCUUCCAAGGGCUUUUUGAAAGGCUACUCCUUGGUCGGGUCUUCACCUCUCUACCUUGUGCAGACCCGCCUUUCAUUUCCAUAUCCUUGAGAAGCUGAUGCUAAUGGAAGAAUUCACGUGUCUGGUUUAAAUAAAGCCCGUUUGUGUUGGGAUGUUUUCAGUGUAUACGUUAUUUCUAUUUCUUAUACCUCGUCUGUAUAUUUAUCUGCUUUAUAUGUAAAGUGCCUGUAUGUUGAUGUUGUAGUCACUGCUACUGUUUGUCUUUCUGCUGUAUAGCUCUAACAGGAGACUUUCCCACAAGUGUGGGAGGGUCCAGACUGAGUCUCCAGCUGUGACAAGGAUUUCUAGAAAUUUCCUCUAUUGCUCUUAUAUUAUUGACUGCUUAAUGCCAAAAUACCACUGUGAUUUUUGGUGAUUCUGAACCAGUUUCAAUUUUUUCUCAUCACAAAUACACUUUGUCAACUUCUGCUUAGCUUUAAAACAUCCAUUCAACUACGGUCUUUUCGAAAGACAUUAUCUCUGUAUUAUCUACCCUAGUGCCUUUUAAAGGUCUCUCCUCCCUUCUUUAGUCUUUCAGGGGACAGCAGACCUGAGACCUGAAGGUCAUGGUCCUGCAAAGGAAACCAGGGCAAGUAACUGUGCCUAUAUAUUUAUUAAUUAUCUGAAAUCACUUGGUCUUUCUCUACCAACAUCCAAAAUGUUGGAGCUGGGUGUGAUGGUGCACAUUUGUAAUCCCAGCACAAAGGAGGCUAGGAUAAGAGAAUCAAUGUGAGUUCAGAGCCAGCCUGGGCUACAUGGGGUUCCAGGCUAGUCUUCAUAUGCACUCAAGGCCAUCCCCAUCCCACUCCAUUUAUUUCUUUCUCCUUCCGCCCAUCUCUGUUUCUCAGUCUGUUCCUCCCUUUCUCUCUCUCUCUCU